GUAUGUUUAUUAAAAUCUAAAUAUUGACAACUGUAAUUCACAUUUCAGAUUAACUGUGACAAAAUGGAUGUGAUUUGCUAUUUUCUUAGGUUUUUUAGGUGUGUAACAAAACUGGGAAAAGGAAAGACCAGACAAGCCGAUUAAUAAACACGUUAGGAUGGAUUCAUUUGAAAUAUAAGAUAUUUUCAGCUGAAACUAAAUUUGAUGAAUGAGGAACAAAAAAUAGGAUAUACUUGUGACAUUUUAAUAUUAAAAAACAUUAAAGUCUGAUGCAAGAAAUGAUGUAAUUUCCAACAAGGACAAAGCAGGAAGAGUGAGGAAAGAGAUACUCCUUAUUCUUUGAAUCUCCCAUUCAAGCCCCGUGUGUUAUAUGUAGUCUGGGAAGAUGAAUUUAAAUGAAUGGGAGAGACACGGCUACCAUCAAAGAGUGUGCUGAACGUGGACAGCGACAUCCUGAGUAGCUGUUCCACCGGAGCAGACAACAACACGUGGGUGUUGUAGAGGAUAUAGCAGAGGAUGUGUAAUUUGUGCAUCAGCUUCUGUGUGUUGUUUGGUGUGAACUGAAAGGAAUCUCCACUUCACAUCUCUUCACAGUGACUGGCCAUGCUGACGGGUGGGUGGGUGGCUGGGGGAGUGGUUUAACCUCAGAGUUAGCGAGUUUAAACCACUUUAGCAAGUGGCUGGGAGGACUGAUGAAAGGCGAGCACAUGCAAGCCUGGCACCACUACUGAGGACGCGCUAAUUCCUGAUGGCUUUUUACUCCACCUACUAAUGAGAGGUAUUAAAAAGGAAUCUGCACUGAGAUAUUUACACUUGAAUGCCGUUGAGGAGAGAUAUCAACCACUAAGACAGAUUUCAAUCCAUCCCAUCUCUAUUAACUCUAGUGUAAAAAGCUAUGAGGAUGCUAAACGUGGACUUAAUCAUUUUAAGUUUCUGCCUCGGUCUGGGAACAACAGCUAUUGCUGCUGAGAAGAGACAAUAUCAGAUCCAAAACGGCCCAUGCAGCUACACCUUUCUCCUGCCAGAGCAGGAAAACUGCCAAAGCCAGAACUACUUCAACUAUCCAGAUCAGAAAGAUGGACCCACAGACAAUGAGUCAAUCCAGAGGCUGGAGCAACUGGAGAUCAGCAUGGAGAACAACACACAGUGGCUGCUGAAGUUAGAAAACUACAUCCAGGACAGCAUGAAGCAGGACAUUGUUCAGUUCCAGCAGGCUGCAGUCCACAACCACACAGCUACUAUGAUUGAAAUUGGUGCAAACUUGCUGAGUCAAACUGCAGAGCAAACAAGAAAACUCACUAAUGUGGAGACACAGGUAAUCCAUCAAACAACUCGACUUGAGCGUCAACUCCUAGAAAAUUCCUUGUCAACCAACAAUUUGGAAAAACAACUCAUUGUCCAAACAAAUCAAAUCAACAAACUGAAUGAUAAAAACAGUCUCCUGGAAAAAAAAGUGCAGGAGAUGGAGGACCAGAGAGUAGUGGAGCUAAAGGCACUCCAAGAAGAAAAGGAGCAGCUUCAGACUUUAAUCCUGAGGCAGACUGCCAUCAUAGGAGAGAUGGAGCAGCAGCUGCUGAAAGUCUCCACCAACAACUCUGUUCUACACAACCAGCAACAGGAGCUGAUGGAAACAGUGAAUAACCUCAUUUACACGUUAUCUGCUGGAUCUGCUGAAGAAACUAAUACCGUCAUGAUGCAGGACACGCCAACCCUGUUUUUGGACUGUGCUGCCGUCUACAAGUCAGGGAACACCCACAGUGGAGUCUACACCCUCACAGUGCCCAACACCACCCUGGAGGUUAAGGCUUUCUGUGACAUGGAGACAGAAGGAGGUGGCUGGACCGUACUACAAAAACGCUUUGAGGGCCGUGUUGACUUUCACCGUACGUGGCAAGAGUACAAAAAGGGGUUUGGAGAACCUUCGGGUGAAUUCUGGCUGGGAAAUGAAUUUGUCUCCAAACUGACUAACCAAAAGCCUCACAAGCUGAGGAUCCAGCUGAGUGACUGGGAGGGAAACUCGGCCUUCUCCCAAUACGAUGAGUUCUUUCUCGACAACGAAGAACAAAAUUACAAGAUACACCUUAAAGGCUUCAGCGGAACGGCAGGCAAAAUAAGCAGUAUCGGGCAGCCAGGAAGUGGUUUCAGUACAAAGGAUGCAGACAAUGACAAAUGUGUUUGCAAAUGCUCACAGCUGACAACAGGAGGCUGGUGGUUCGACGCCUGUGGUCCGUCCAAUCUAAAUGGGAUUUAUUACCAAAAUGGCCAGAACUCCAAUCGCUUCAAUGGAAUCAAAUGGUACUACUGGAAAGGCUCGGGCUACUCUCUGAAGUCAACUGCAAUGAUGAUCAGACCGACAAACUUCUCCGGCUCUCUCUGACACAGCGCCAGGGAACAAACUCUGCUCAACGAACAACUUCACCAAAAAAAGGAAAUACUUCUUGAUGCGACCAAAGCGCUUCAAAAAAUGCUUUUUUUACACCUCUAUUUAAGCAAAAAUAACAGCUGAGGAUCAUGGAGAAUGGUACAACUUAAUAAACUAGUCAGAAGUUAUUGUUAUGAGCCAUGGAAAAAUUUCCUGUUAAAUAUUUUAAAUGUAAAUGCCACAGAAAAAGGUUUCACCUAAGAUUCAAAGUUUUAUUCCACAGAUGGUAUGAACAUUUGAUGUUUAAUUUAUAUGUACAUUAGGGUUGAUUAUUUAAUAUUAUAAUAUAGGAAGGAGAUCUGUUUCUGAGCUACUGAGGUCAUUGCACUAAUAAUUUGGAGAUUUAAACUAAUAUAUUCUGCUUUACCUACUCAUUCAUUCAGUCAGAAAUGGUGUAAAAAUUUGGCUUUGAGAUCGUUAGACUGUAAAUCUUUAGCAGCCUUUUCUGUUUCUGAUGUUGGAAAUCAAUAAUCACUACACAAAGAGCUUAUGUUUAUUAAAAUGUUUGUGAUUAAUGCACUCAGUCUAUUUUUAUCUCUUUAGACCAAUUCAUGCAUUUUGAUACUUUUCUUCCAGUGAACGCAAUAAAAUUUAAGUGGUCUAAAUCUGUGUUUCUUUUCAA